ACCAACAGCUGACACUAGAGGGCGCCAGAGAUUUGUCACAGGAUGGUGUGUGACGUAAAUAUCCCCCCGGAAGUGGCACAGAAGCCCCCCUUCUACUGAGUGAGCCCCAUGCUGCCCACCCGAACCGACCAGGACUCGACUCGGUUCUGAUCGGUCUUCAUCGAUGGAAAAAGUUCGGGAGCGGCUAACGGAGUUCUCCUUGGAGGCUCACGAUCUGUACCUGAACCAGUCCGUGCCGUACCUGGACGGACCGCCCGAACCGCUGCAGUUCUACCGGGACUGGAUCGGGCAGAACAAGCCCUGCAUCAUCCGCGACGCCUUCCGCCACUGGGCGGCGCUGUCCAGGUGGACCCCGGAGUACCUCAGGCAGAAGAUAGGGUCAAAGGUCAUCAGCGUGGCCGUGACCCCGAAUGGCUUCGCCGACGCCGUGGUGGGGGACCGAUUUGUGAUGCCAGAGGAGCGACAGAUGAGCGUGGCGUCUGUGCUGGACAUCAUUGAAGGAAAGGUGCAGGAGCCCGGAGUCUUCUACGUCCAGAAGCAGUGCUCCAACCUGCUGCAGGAGCUGCCCGAGCUGCUGGGCGACGUGGAGCCCGACGUGUCCUGGAUGAGCGCGGCGCUCGGAAGGUCACCAGACGCCGUCAACUUUUGGCUCGGAGACGGAAACGCCGUCACGUCCAUGCACAAGGAUCCGUACGAGAACCUGUACUGCGUCGUCUCUGGAGAGAAGCGCUUCGUCCUGCUGCCGCCCACCGACCGGCCCUUCAUCCCCUACGACAUGUACCAGCCGGCUAUUUACCACCUGCGUGACGACGGCGAGUUUGAGAUCGUGGACCAGGGCGACUCAAAGAAGGUCCCAUGGAUCCCUCUGGACCCGUUGGACCCGGAUCUGGAGCGGUUCCCCCAGUACCGGUGGGCUCGGCCGGUCUGCUGCAGCGUGAAGGCCGGCGAGAUGCUGUACCUGCCGUCGCUGUGGUUCCACCACGUUCGACAGUCACACGGCUGCAUCGCAGUGAACUUCUGGUACGACAUGGACUAUGACAUCAAGUAUAACUACUUCCAGCUGCUGGAGGCGCUGAGUGAAGCCUCCAGGUCAACGUGACACCAGGAGCUUUGACCUGCGGGUAGCAGCGCCCCCUGGAGGUGAACUGCUGAAAAUGUGACAUGUAAAUGUUGAAUUUUAAUGCGAAAUAAAAACUCUUGGUAAAUGUGU